CAGCGAUUGGUCGGACGCUCCACGUUACACAGACCUAAACAGCAGCGUAAAAAGCAGGAGGAUGAAGCAGCCGGAGCAUCCUCUUCAGCCAUCCGAGCCAGGCGCACGUAUAGUCAGGGGAAAGGGGAGAACAACAAAACAGAGAAGUGUUCGACUUGUGCAUAAGAGAAGGGGAUACAUUAGACUGUGGAGGGAUAGUGCUGUGUUCUGGUAACGGAUUGUCAAGUCUGCUGCUGAGCGCCAGACGGCACGGCGCUGUUUUCAACCAUCCACUGAGGAGGAGCAUCUACUGACAGGAAAAACCGGGACCGACCAUGGGUCUGUCCUUUUGCUAGUACUGUCUGAGCCUGCAUCUGUAGCCUAUACAAACAACAACAAGAACAGCAACAUGGGUUCCAGGCUGAGCAGGCAGGGCAGUUUGGACAAUGAGAAUUUCGCCAAAAAGCGACGCAAGCUUCUGGAUAGCGGUGGAGAGAGCGACAGAGGCAGCCGUGGCGGAGGGGACUUUCUGUUCGCACUGAUGCUCAAAUCCGACAAACUGCCUGGGAUGCUGCGCAGGAGCAACCACAGCCCGUACAUGAGGAGGGUGACGUGGAUCAAAGAGAUACAGAAACUGCUCCGCGACCGACGGAUCGAGCAGGCGACCGACGUGCUCAAACUACUGAGGAAGGAUCUUGGUUUGGAAGGCACCUCUCUCAACGACAUCCUGUACAAAAACGCUGCUUUCCUCAACCUGGUCGACCCGAUCUCCCAUGAGCUGCUGCUCAGCCUGGCUCGAGAGAUGCAGUGUCCCAAGAAGGAUGCAGACACCAUAAAGUCUUCUGAUAAGAUUUGCAGACAGCUCAUCUACCACCUGACCCCACACUCAAAGUGGCUAAGGCAGAGCAUGUCCAGAAGGAAAUCCCAGGCCUGUCUCAAGACAACCCUACAGAAAAAGCUGUCCAGUGAGUCAGUCGACCUGUCUGGCAUCCCCCUGUCCACCCGUGAUGUCCGUCAGGUGGCCUUCUACCUCCAGAACAACAGAGACAGUGUGAUGGCCGUGGACGUCAGCUUCACAGAACUCCAGGACGAGAACCUGAGGAUUCUCUUGCCUCUCCUCGGCUCGCUGCCCAAACUCAGCACCCUGGCUCUCAAUGGUAACCGCCUCACCCUGGGUAUCCUCAAGGACCUCACUGAGAUGCUCAAAGACCCCAAGCUGUUCUCCAGCCUGGCCUGGAUCGACCUGGGCAACAACGUGGAUAUCUUCACUAUGCCUCAGCCGCUAUUGGUCGCAUUGCGCCGCCGCUGCAGCCUGAAGAGCAGCUUACCGACGAUCUACGAGUACACAGAGGGGCAACCCUACUGCUACCACCUGGAGACCUCCAUAGAGGAGCCCAGCCACUAUGAGGAGGAAGAGGAGGAGGAGGAAGAGGCAGAGGAGGAGGAGGACAUGGGGAACAGGUUCGAGCUGGAGCCGUGGUCUUUAGGGGAAAAGCAACUCUCCAAAGACUUCACCAUUCACUACUGUGAGAGGUGAUGGAGUAUUUAGUCUCUGAGGCUCUUCACACUGUGGUGGAAACGUCAUACCACAGCACUCUGAUACUUCCUUCGCCCUUUCGCCCUCACACCACGAGCCCAGUCACCCUUUGAGGCACGAAGGAGACCAAUGCCCACAUUGUGAACUCGUCGUCCCGAAACGUCUACCAAUCCCUUACCAUCUCUGAGUUAACCCGCACAAGAUGAGAGUGAAGUGACGACUUACCGUGUUGGUGGAUGGUGCUCUUGGGAACAAGGUGCGGUUUCAUUGGAGGGGGUCCGGAAGAGUUAAAAAACUGGUGCUCUCUCUCUCUCUCUCUCUCCUCCCCUUUAUCUCUCGAUCUGCUUCUCUAUAAAUGGCAGCUGAAGAGCCAAUCCCGAGGAGAUUUAGAUCAGUUGGUCGGUUGGAGGAGAGACAUCCCGGCGGUGGCUGAAGUGGAGCUCGAGUUAGUUUGGAAACACGGUCCCUGUGGAUCCUCUACCAGGACUGAGGCUAUCUCUGGCAGGCAGGGCCUAGCUCCACAUUGUGUGUUCUCUGUUAAUCUCUCAACAAAAGCUAUGACACAAGUUCAACAGACUAUACAGCCGACGACCCGUCACGUGAUGCCGGCAAAACUGCUAGGUCAAGACUUUUUGCGUUUUCCCCCCCUUUCCAAAUGUCCACUUGUGAAUACCCACGCUGCCCCUGUGUAGAUGUAAGUGAGCACACAAAAACAUGGCUCUGUUGUGUUUCCACGGGCUAUUUUUGUGCACUUUAGGUGAACAAAGCAAUCUUAGAAGACAACAGGUACAAUGGGUAGAUUGUUUUUUUUGCACUUGCCUAAACGCUAAUAUUCACCUCUUUGUAAUUACUGAGCUGUUGUAGUCUUCACUUUAAGUGUUUAUUAAAGACACUGUUCAUAAAGGUCCAGUCUGAGCACUCCCCAAACUGCCCGUCCUACUGCCGUUUGUCUCUAUAAUGUGUUCUCCUUUCCAUUUAUUGAUGUACUUCAGUGGCCCUGUGUUUGUUAUGAGACAGCCAUGACUGUUACCUCUUUGUUAAAGUCCGUCUACAGUAGCACACUAUGAUGAAGUUAGACUGACUGAAACACUUCAGAGCACUUUAAGAGGACUAUUUCUUUUAUAUUUGAGUUCCUUUUUUGCAUAUACUGUACUCUGUAUACAUUAUUUAUUACAACCGAUAUUUACGAAGCUGAAACUGAAAGCAUACCUCUCUAAGGUACAAGAUGACCAAAUGGCUUAUGAUUGUUAGAAGGCUCACUAAAAGCAACAUACCUGAAUCACUGGAUAUAUACUAAAUGUUUGAUUGUGUGUUCUCUGUGUUUACCGGUGAAGUGUCUGAUUACUGUCGUAAUUAUUUGUAUCAUUGUUUCGGUGUUUCGUCUUUUGUCCGACUCUGUAAUUUAUGAUGUUUUUAAUGACUAUGAAAACUGAGCACAGUGACCUCCUGCCGAGCAGCAAACAAAAAAGGAAGGCUGAUGGUAUUACAAAAUUAAACAGCAAAUAGAUCAGUAAAAUGUAAAUGCAAUCAGUGCGGACACAUUUUAAGUUGAAUGUUUCAUGUGGAUGAUGGAGAUCACUGUCCACUUGUUUCGUAGUUUCUGUUUUUUGUGUCUCAACGUCAAACUUUUCCUUGUAAUUUGUGUGUACUCGUCUCAUGCCAGACACUGACUGCCAAUAAAACAACCAAACUGA